AUGGUUCAUAAGCAUGCAUUUAAAGCACUAGAUAGAAGUAUGAACGAUAUUUUCAAUACUCGACGCAGUGGUGACUCGCAAAUGCUUUUUGGGGGCAAGGUAAUUGUUUUUGGAGGAGAUUUCAGACAAAUUCUGCCGGUUAUUCCCAACGCAGGAGAAGGAAAAGUUGGAGGUGAUAAUAAUGGAGAUGCAGUUAUUGAGAUACCUCAUGAUCUUCUCAUUACCGAUUUCGUCGAUCCUAUAUCUGCAUUAAUUGAAUUUGUCUAUCCCUCAAUUCUUGAAAACAUUAACAACUCAGCUUAUUUUCAAGAACGAGCAAUACUUGCACCAAAAAAUGAAGUCGUUCAAGAAAUAAAUGAUUGUUUGAUGUCAUUGUUCCCAGGAGAAGAAAAGGAAAACUUAAGUUCAGAUAUGCUAUGUGAAUUAGAGCACCUUCAUGAUGAGUUUGAUAAAACUUUGUACUCUCCUGAUGUUUUAAAUUGUCUUAAAUUAUCAGGGAUACCAAACCAUAAGAUUUUACUAAAAGUUGGUGUUCCUAUCAUAUUACUCAGGAAUAUUGAUCAGAAAUCUGGAUUAUGUAAUGGAAACUAG